AAUCCAAGCAAGCAUUCCCUCACAUUAAAAACAUAAUAAUAAGUGAAUUUGCAGAUGGCCCAGAGAAAAUAAUUCUGGAAAAAGAGUGAAAGGAAAUUGUGGAAGAAAAAUGGAAAGUUUGAAAGCAAGGAGGGGUAGCAACGUCUGUGUUGUGCAAUGACUUCGUUGAAGUUCUUUUGGGAAGAAAAGAAAUGGAGGCCGAGGAUUUAAGUGGCAGAGAAUUGACAAUUGAUUCUAUAAUGAACAAAGUGAGGGAUAUUAAAAAUAAAUUUAAAAAUGAAGACCUUACUGAUGAGCUAAGCUUGAAUAAAGUCUCUGCUGAUACUACAGAUAACUCGGGAACUGUCAACCAAAUUAUGAUGAUGGCAAACAACCCGGAGGACUGGUUGAAUUUGUUGCUCAAACUAGAGAAAAACAGUGUCCCUCUGAAUGAUGCUCUUUUAAAUAAAUUAAUUGGUCGUUACAGUCAAGCAAUUGAAGCACUUCCUCCAGAUAAAUAUGGCCAAAACGAGAGUUUUGCUCAAAUUCAAGUGAGAUUUGCUGAAUUAAAAGCUAUUCAAGAGCCAGAUGAUGCACGGGACUACUUUCAGAUGGCCAGAGCAAACUGCAAGAAAUUUGCUUUUGUGCAUAUAUCUUUUGCACAAUUUGAAUUAUCACAAGGUAAUUUCAAAAAAAGUAAACAACUUCUUCAUAAAGCUGUAGAAUGUGGAGCAGUACCACUGGAAAUGCUAGAAAUUGCCAUUCGGAAUUUAAACCUUCAAAAAAAGCAGCUGCUUUCAGAGGAGGAAAAGAAGAGUUUAUCAGCAUCUACAAUAUUAACUGCUCAAGAAUCAUUCCCCAAUUCACUUGGACAUUUACAGAAUAGGAACAUCAGUUGUGAUUCCAGAGGACAGACUACUAAAGCCAAGUUUUUGUAUGGAGAAAACUUGCCCCCUCAAGAUGCAGAAAUAGGUCAUCGAAAUCCCUUGAAACAAACAAAGAAAGCUAAACGGUCAUGCCCUUUUGGAAGAGUCCCAGUUAACCUUCUAAGUAGCCCGGGUUAUGGGAAGACAGAUGAUUCAGUUGUACCAAGUUUUACAAAAAGCAGACAGACCUCUGGAUCAGAACGCCAAGAUAUGAUUGUACCUGGAUCUAAAUCAAGUGGAAAUGAUUCCAGUGAAUUGAGAAAUUUAAAGUCUAUUCAAAAUAUCCAUUCCAAGGAACCUCUGAUGUCGGAUGAGAAGAGUUCUGAACUUAUUACAGAUUCAGUAACCUUGAAGAAUAAAACUGAAUCAAGUCUUGUAUCAAAAUUAGAAGAAAUUAAGGAACAUCAAGAACCAAAGGUUCCAGAGAGUAACCAGAAACAAUGGCAGUCUAAGAGAAAGUCAGAAUGUAUAAACCAGAAUCCUGCUGUAUCUUCAAAUCAGUGGCAGAUUCCAGACACAGCCCAAAAAGUUGAUACAGAGCAGAAACAAACCACUUUUGAGCAACCUGCCUUUUCAGUUUCAAAGCAGUCACCACCAAUAUCAGCACCUAAAUGGAUUGACCCAAAAUCUGUUUGUAAGACACCCAGUAGCAGUGCCUUGGAUGAUUACAUGAGCUGUUUUAGAACUCCAGUUGUAAAGAAUGACUUUCCACCUGCUUGUCAGUUGUCAACACCUUAUAGCCAACUUGCCUGUUUCCAGCAGCAGCAGCAGCAGCAGCAAAUACCUGUUACUCCACUUCAAACUUUACAGAUUUCAGCAUCCUCUUCAACAAAUGAAUGCAUUUCAGUUAAAGGAAGAAUUUAUUCCAUAUUGAAGCAGAUAGGAAGUGGAGGCUCAAGUAAGGUAUUCCAGGUAUUGAAUGAAAAGAAACAGAUACAUGCUAUAAAGUAUGUGAACUUAGAAGAAGCAGAUAAUCAAACAAUCGAUAGUUAUCGGAAUGAAAUUGCUUAUUUGAAUAAAUUACAACAACACAGUGAUAAGAUCAUCCGACUUUAUGAUUAUGAAAUCACGGACCAGUACAUUUACAUGGUAAUGGAAUGUGGAAAUAUAGAUCUUAAUAGUUGGCUCAAAAAGAAAAAAUCCAUCAAUCCAUGGGAACGUAAAAGUUACUGGAAAAAUAUGUUGGAGGCAGUUUACACAAUUCAUCAACAUGGCAUCGUUCACAGUGAUCUGAAACCUGCUAACUUUCUGAUAGUUGAUGGAAUGCUAAAACUAAUUGAUUUUGGGAUUGCAAAUCAAAUGCAACCAGAUACAACAAGUAUUGUUAAAGACUCUCAGGUUGGUACAGUUAAUUAUAUGCCACCAGAAGCAAUCAAAGAUAUGUCUUCCUCAAGAGAGAAUGGGAAAUCCAAGUCAAAGAUAAGCCCCAAAAGUGACGUUUGGUCCUUAGGAUGCAUUUUGUACUAUAUGACUUAUGGGAAGACACCAUUUCAACAUAUAAUUAAUCAGAUUUCUAAAUUACAUGCCAUAAUUGACCCUAAUCAUGAAAUCGAAUUUCCUGAUAUCCCAGAGAAAGAUCUUCAAGAUGUGUUAAAGUGUUGUUUAAUAAGGGACCCUAAACAGAGGAUAUCCAUUCCUGAGCUUCUGGUGCAUCCAUAUGUUCAAAUUCAAACUCAUCCAGGUAAUCAGAUGGCUAAGGGCACCACUGAAGAAAUGAAAUAUGUUCUGGGCCAACUCGUUGGUCUGAAUUCUCCUAACUCCAUUUUGAAAGCUGCUAAAACUUUAUAUGACCGAUAUAGUAGUGGUGAAGGUCAUGAUUCCUCUUCAUCAUCCAAGACUUUUGAAAAAAAAUGGGAGAAAAAAUGAUUUGCACCUACUCACAAACUGUCAAAUAUCAACUGUAAAAAUAUAUUGGACUGUUAUACUCUUGAUUCUCUGUGGAAACUGCUCUUAAGGACAACUUAAUCCUGAAAUGUCAAUGGCAGAAAAAUUCAGUGGAUUAUUCUCAAAAGAAAACUGUAAAAAUAAUAACCACUAAUGAUACUAUAUAUAUUAAGUUGUAGAAUUGUUCUCUCUUAUGCUUUCCUGCAAAUCUACUUUAUUUGAUAUCAUAUCACACUUAGAAUAGUGGAUGGACAACUGAAAUAUAUUCUGAAGAACUAUGUAAAUAAAGCUUUGUAGCAUAAAA